CAGGUAGCGGCGUUAGGAACAGAUGGCGUUGGUGGCGGGGAGUUGAUCGCUGAAUUGGCCGGCGGGGUGGAGGGGCUAACGGGGGAUCCUCAUUACCAGGCUGGGGACUACGGCCGUGCUCCGAAAAGACUCGGACAGGGGGAAGACUCGCCUGUCCCCUGGCUUGGAGGUCUUUUGAACGAAACGAAGGGACAGUUAUUUUUACAAGGCCUAAAGCCUCGGGAUAUAGUUGGUAUUUGGUCCUGGCAGUGAACGGGUGACGGGAGCUAUUCAACUAGCUAGCUGUGCUACAGAGAAUUGGAGAUCCCGAAUCCUAAAUCAGGGAUUCUAGUAAGAACUGCACGUUGUUGGGAGCAUAGCUAGCUGGAUACUAGUAUUUAUUAACUUUUAAGUGCACCAUCAAGACGGCAAGGGACUCGGGUAUUCUGUACCAGUAUUCUCGCUGGUGACCUGACCUGCCGAGUAGUUUGCAAGCUAGAUAAUCGUGUUUUUAAGUAAUGUAGCUAGCUAAUUAGCUAGGCUCUUGAGCUGAAGAAUGGAUAAAUUACCGAAUGUGUUAUCGUUUCAGGGAGCUUUAGGAUGGUCUGCGAAUGCCGGGAAUGUUUGCUUAGUUGGCCUGUUCUGAAUUUCUUGUGAACUACAGAUUAAUCUUAUCUACGAGCACUGAUUUAUCCUUUGGCAGCCGUCAGAUCAGCUCAUUUUAAAGUCGCUCGUGAGACGUCUCUAGCACAGCUGACCGUGUUUGCGUGAGCACAACGUCAAAUAGGCAUGAAACUUUUUAAUGUGAGUGAUCACUAAUUGCUAGCUAAGCUAAUAUUUGUAGUGUUUGCCAUUGCCUCCGUUUUAAUACUGAAGUAGCAAGUUGUGCGCUCUAAGUUAUGUGAUAUCAAGAUUAUAGUUGAUGUAUGCGUGAAAAGGGGAUAUUCUCUGCCCAGUUAGCUGCCUAGCUACUUAGAGGACGUGUGCGUACUCCAGGGACUCGUAGUAUUGGGGCUGUGUCAAGUCAGGAAUGGGAAACACGGUAUCAUGCUGCGUUUCUCCCGGCGGGAGCCCGAAGAUCACCAGGCAACCGGACCGUAUAGAAGACUACCAGGUCAACACCGACCUGAGCGAGGACACCGGGCCGUAUCUGCAGCACAUCAGCGACAGAGAGGUGCCGGACGAUUUGGCUCUUGAGUCCAACCCUUCUGACCACGCCCGGGCAAGUACCAUCUUCCUCAGCAAGUCUCAGACUGACGUACGCGAUAAAAGGAAAAGUAAUCACAUAAACCACGUGUCUCCGGGCCCCCUGUCCAAGAAGUACAGCUCCUGCUCUACUAUAUUCAUAGACGACAGUACGGUCAGCCAGCCCAACCUGAAAAGCACAAUCAAAUGUGUAACACUAGCAAUAUAUUACCACAUAAAAAACAGGGACUCGGACAGGUCACUGGACAUAUUCGAUGAGAAGAUGCACCCCUUAUCGAGAGAGCAGGUCCCUGACGACUACUCCCGAAUCGACCCCGAGCACAAACUCAUCUACCGCUUCGUCCGGACGCUCUUCAGCGCCGCCCAGCUCACAGCGGAGUGCGCCAUCGUCACCCUGGUGUACCUGGAGCGCCUGCUGACCUACGCAGAGAUGGACAUCUGUCCCUGCAACUGGAAGCGUAUCGUGCUAGGAGCCAUCCUGCUGGCCUCCAAGGUGUGGGACGACCAGGCGGUGUGGAACGUGGACUACUGCCAGAUCCUCAAGGACAUCACCGUGGAGGACAUGAAUGAGAUGGAGAGACACUUCCUGGAGCUGCUGCAGUUCAACAUCAACGUCCCGGCCAGCGUCUACGCCAAGUAUUACUUUGACCUGCGCUCCCUGGCUGAUGACAACAACCUGAGCUUCCCGCUGGAGCCGCUGAGCAAGGAGCGCGCCCAGAAACUCGAGGCCAUCUCCAGACUGUGUGAAGACAAGUAUAAGGAUCUGAGCAAGGCGGCCAUCCGACGCUCCUUCAGCGCCGACAACCUGGUGGGCAUCCGGCGCUCGCAGGCCGUGAUCUCCUAGGGGCUAAGGACCGCAGGACCCUCCCGCUACACUGACUCUCUGACCUCUGACCCCUGACCCCACCAGGAGCGCAAGAUGGUGCGCUCCCUCGGCCCGCCGCUACACCACACCAUUCCGCCGGCAGCAGACCCCCCGACAUCUCCCCCCGAUGUGGUGCAAAGGAAACUAACUACUUAGAGAG